AUGUCAAUGUCAAUUUACGCUGGAGCUUAUGGCUAUAUGCCGAAACCGGAACUUGAAGGAAUUCUCACUGAUCCGCACUUUAGAAUCAUCUUCAUUCAUGGUCUGAAUUCGCCUUGCACUGGGGUUGGUGGCACACACGACGACAGCGAAGCAGUGGGAUUGAAGCCCAUCAAAUCGCCCUUCGAGCUACCGCUGGCGAUAGAAGCAUAUACCUUCUAUCACGAAGGCAAUCUUUUAGAAGACGUGGACCAAACGGGAUUCUCCCACGGCUCUUCCAGCGAUCAGAGCGAUAGGCGAACUAUUCUCAUUUGCCACGGUUCAGGGGGACUCAUUGUCAAAGAAGCCCUACUGAGAUCUGUCAUUCAAUCUGAUCCAGAGCAGGCGUUUCAUCAGUUGAUUCUAGGUCUUAUCUUCAUUGGUACACCUCAUUCAACCGCGGAUGAGAGGUUGCCGUAUCAAUUGAACCUAAUGCGAAACAAUCAAGGUCCUGACUCGCCCGCCCUCAGCAUGAAGAUAAUCGCUUCAAUCACGACACUUCUUCGAGGUUUCAAUAGCCUAGAUUGGUCUCGCCUUGGUUUCAAGCCGGUUUCUCUCUUCGAGGAGGUCGGUCUCCCUGAUGCACCAGAAGCCUUUGGUCCUGUUGUAAACUGUGAAGAUGUCUUCAUCCGUGGCCAAAGGCAGAUCGGGCUUCACGCCAACCAUUGGAGUACCUGGAACUUCUCCGAUCCUUCCAGCUCUACGUAUAAAGCUAUCUCAACAAUCAUACAGAGCUUUUGCCACGAUCUAACUUCCAGUAAAUGCGAGGGCUCUUACCCACAAAUGGAUCCCGACAUCUCUGGACUCCUUCGGUCUCUUCAAGUCACCAGCACUGAGAGCUUCUCAACUCCUAUGCAAGGCACUUGUUUAUGGAUCUUUCAACAUGAAGCCUUCGGAUCCUGGCUUGAACAACCCUCAGGUCUUUUGUGGAUCAAGGGCAAGCCAGGAAGUGGUAAAUCAACACUUUUGCGCUUUAUCCAUCAGACUGUUAAGUUCUCAGAGCCUACGUCUCUCUUCUUUUUCCAGUUCAACACCUCUGGUCACUCUUCAACAAACGCCAUGCUUCGAUCUCUCAUAUUUCAGUUACUUGCCAGGCGUCCCUGUUACCAACUUCAGGGAAUGAGGGAUACCUAUGCCAUAAGAACAGAGGUACACGGAGAUUAUGGUGCCGAUUGGCAGUGGGGAGACCCUGAGCUGCUCUCAUAUCUGCGAGAAUCGCUCCUGCAAGCUACCAAAGAAGAUUUACAUCUGGUGAUCUUUCUGGAUGCCUUGGAUGAAGCGACUGAGGAUAUGCCUAUCGACUCUAUCAUUCUCAACAUCCUUACUAUUCCCUCUAUCCGAAUUUGUGCUGCGUCACGUUCCGGCCCUAACCUCUCGAACGUUGAACCACGUACUAUUAUCUUGGACGAUCUCAACACAGCGGAUAUUAUAUACUACACCAAAUCCAUGGUCUCAUCAGUUGAUUAUAAGGGUGCUGAUAUACAGCGACGCAUAAUUCCCAGCUUGAUUGAGGCUUCAGAUGGCAUGUUUUUAUAUGUCCAUCUAGUCCUUUCGAAUCUCGAGAUAUGGAUCGAUCAGCUGGAAGGCCAGGAUCAAAGUCGGGCUGGCCAUAUUGACUUCCCUAAAGGCCUUGACGACUUGUAUUGCUUAAUUGUCUCCCGCAUCGAAUCCAGUCUAGAGAAUCGAGAUCUAGUUCGGCAUAUUUUCCAAUGGGUCGCCUUUGCGACGAGACCCUUAAUUGUCACGGAACUCACAGAUGCAAUGGCCUUGGGAAGCCUAGACGGGUACGACUUUUGCAGGCAUAGCCGCAAAAAUAUCGGCGCACUAUCUGGCCAACUUGCGGAAGAUUGCGACUGCGCUCAGAAAAUCACCUCCUUAUGCAGAGGCUUGGUUUCAAUCCAAUAUUCUGCAACUGAUCCAGAGCAAUCUGUCGUCAGCUUUAUCCAUCAAAGUGUGGUCGACUUCUUGGUUGAAUACAAGCCGUGUGAGGCGCGUGAUGUGAGCCAUCAGCUGUGGGGUCGAUCAACUCAAAACAACACUCUUAUCAAAGUCAGUCCGGGCGGUAUACCAGCUACCCAAUUAGUCCUUCAAGAACCGGUUUUCAAAGGCCAAGGGCAUAAGGCACUUGCGCGGUCUUGCUGUAGGGCUAUCUUGUCAGCGACACGUUCUCGCCGUGAAGGCUUUACAGACUCGUAUUCUUUUACGUUCUCAUUCUUGUCUUACGCUGCGGAGAACUGGAUGCUACAUCUAAGGAUAGCUCUGGAACUUGAACCGUCUUCCUCAGAGCUCCUGUUAGACCUGUCACAGAACGCUUUCUUUGAGAACUCACUCGCAUUGUAUGAAAGGAUUAUUUCCAGUCACAAGAAAUGUCCACGUCUGACUCACAUAAGCACAACCAACACCUUAUGGGAAGCGAAACAGUCGGAGACCUCAAACCCACUUCUUUUGGCAUCUGCCAUAGGCCAUGUCGAAACGUGUAAAAGAUAUAUCUACGCAGGCAAGAACUACGACGAUCGAGACCACCUCUACGGUAUGACAGCGCUUGGAUGGGCUGCAGUAUACGGCCAUUUAGAGGUUGUAAGGCUACUUCUUAACGCUGGGGCGGAUGUUAACCUCGUUUCAAACGGUGAAACGCCCCUGCUUCUCGCGGUACGGUCUGGUCGCAAUGGUGUUUUGGAACAACUUCUCAAGGAAAGGCCAGUUAUUAACUCUCAAGCCACCAUCACCACUCAGUCAGCGUUGUUUCGGGCAGCCUCCCUCGGCAGGACUUCCAUGAUCAAUCUGCUCAUCUCCCACGGAGCCGAUGCUCUGACGGCUGAUGGUUCAGGUUGGACCCCUCUUCACUAUGCUAUAGCAGCAGGCAAACGGGCCACACUGGCACAGCUCCUCUCUACCAUACCGAGGACGUCAUUCGAAAGGCUCAAAGACCUUCCGCCUCGCAACCUUCCAGGAUGGGUACAUCGCAUCUUGUUGGCAUUCGGGCUUGGGCUCUGUUGUCGUAGUUCGGGUUGUUCUUCAUCGUCUGCGAAAAACAGUGGUUCGAAGAAUUCCGAAAAUGCCAGAAAACGUGGUCGCCAAGGUUCAAAGAAACGCGGUCGAGAGUCAACUGAGAAUAUGGACGAAAACGAUGAGCAGAGCAUGGCGCCUCCACCACAGAAACAAUCGCGGCAUGCUUUUGGAUUAAGAUUUGCAUGCCCUUACAACAAGAGAUGCCCAAACAGAUUUGGAGGUGCCUGCUCUAAUUUUGGGUUUCCAGAUAUGCAUCGAUUGAAGGAACAUCUAUUUAGAUGCCAUUUCCUAGGCUGUGAUAAGCGUACUCGCUGCGGAAGGUGCAAGUUAAUCUUCCCAGAAAGCGAAAUUCAGGAUCACUUGAUUUUGGAGGUGGCUUGUGAGCCCACAAGAGUUGCUGUCAACUAUGAGGAUGGUUUUGACACGAAUCAAAGCGACGCGUUGAAGUCUCUCAAGCCUAAGCAGUUCAAGACACCAGUCCUUCAGUGGGAGAAGACCUUCAACACAGUGUUUCCCGACUGGACUGCCGACUUGCCUAGCCCUUACCACGAGACAUCAGAAACCGAAUGUCGCAUCAGAGUUGCUCAGACUCUACGCAGUGAGGAGUUUAGGCAGGAAGUCUGGAGUACAAGCGAUAUGGGCAGGGAGGUUUUCGAGGGAUUAGCUAACAUUCUCGAUCCCUUGCCAAGGGCAUCAACGAGACCUGACAGCCAGCCAUUGAGGAUUCCCAACGAACUACCUAUGCGUCCUGCACUGGCACGGGAGAACGGGCAAACAGCAUUGAAUGCAUUCGUUGCCAAUCUCUUGCCCACCGAUCCACAAAGAGGGACUGUUGCCACAGAAUCCCUUCCAGCGAUACCUGCGCCUAAUCCAUCACCUCACCCUUUUCGCCCAAUUCCCCCGCAAGCUCACUUUCCCCCUCAGUUUUCUGAUACUCCGUCUCAUUCUAUUUUCAGUGGGGCUGGUUCAAUCAGCAGCUUUUGUCCAGGCCAAGAAUCAAUGUACGGAGAUGGCAAUGAUGCUUCUAUUAGUUCUCUGGACUGGUCUUAUCUCGACGUCCAGAUGACACAGAGCUCCAUGCAUCCUGUGGAAUUCAAUUUCGAUGCCCCCACUUCUAUCAAUGCUUCCCAUUCUUCGAGACACGAGAAUCAGCCGAAGCGCAACCCGGGCACAUCCACUUCAGUCAACAUCCAACCAGCAGAAUACGGAGAUGCCACUCCUACAAUUUGGUUUCCUUCUAGGAGGGAUAAUUAA